GUGUGUGUGACGCUCGCGCAAAAUGUAAUGACACCCACCCAGUUUCACCGACAUGAAAGUUUGCUUAAUGAUACGUGCGAGUGCGUGACAAAGGCUACAAACGCCUCCAUCCUUGAAUUCCCUCCCCUAUGGACAGCGACGCCUUGUCUUUCCCCACCCCACGAAGCAGUUUAGCCAGGAUUAACGUUCUCAUAAAGUCUCAUAUCGCCAAAAAACGUGGAUUGCGCAUUUCCUCGACGAAUUGCCCUGACAUGGCCCAGCUCAUCUCUGUCUUGGGACUCUUGAUCUGUCAACCUAUGCUUGUGGAAUCCUCCAAGAUCCUCACUGUAUCCCUCUUGGGUGGAAGCCAUUACCUGCUAAUGGAUGAGAUUUCUCACUUGCAUCAUGAGAGGGGUCACGAGGUGAAAAUGCUGCAGCAGCUGAGUGUGCCGGUUGUUAAAGGUUUGAAUUAUGAGGGUCGGCUGCAAAGCUAUCAGGUGAUAACAUGGUCAGCACCUGAGGACUACCUUCAGGAAUAUAACAGAUGGUUUUCACAGGUGCAGCAAGAGCAUGAAGAGGGAAGGGAAGCAUUAGACAAAUUCAUGCUGCUGAUGAAUCACUUUGCCCAACAGUGUGACUGGAUUUUGGAAGAUUCUCAAUUCAUGGAUUCUUUGAGGAAAGAGAAAUUUGACAUUGCCAUUGUGGAUGCCUUUAACCCUUGUACAUUUCUGAUAGCCAAGUGGUUACACCUGCCGUAUGUGGCAUUUUUCCCUGGGAACUUGAUGAAUGGCCACCCUGCACUAGCGCACAGCCCCCUUUCAUGUGCGCCUGUCUAUGAAUCCGAAUUAUCACAUCAGAUGAUCUUUUGGGAUCGCUUGAAAAAUGUUGUGAUAUUCCUGUUCUCUUCGAUGAUAGAUAGCAAGAAAAACAGUUUUUUUCGGCCCGUCAUUGAAAAGCAUUUUGGGUCCAAAGAUUUUCCCUCUCUGCCAGAACUUUAUAGAAGAGCUGAGUUGUGGGCUUUCAAUGCGGACAUCUCCUUAAGUUUUCCUCACCCAGUUACUCCAAAUGUAAUUUAUGUUGGUGGAAUUUUAUCUAAGCUGUCAAAACCAGUGAACGGGGACCUUGAUGAGUUUAUCUCCAGGAUGGGAGAAUCGGGAUUUAUUAUUGUGACCCUGGGUUCCAUGAUUUCCUCCAUCAAAGUUGAAAAACUGCUCAGAGAGAUGAAUGCUGGAUUUGCUCAGAUUCCACAGGGAGUGAUCUGGAGAUAUCAGCUUUCUAAAUGGCCAAAAGAUCUUCAAAUCACAGCCAAUGUUAAAUUGGUAGACUGGAUACCUCAAAAUGAUCUACUGGGGCAUCCAAAGGCACGCCUGCUGGUGACUCACGGCGGACAGAACAGCUUGAUGCAGGCCGUGUUCCAUGCUGUCCCAGUCCUGGGCAUCCCCCUCUUUGGAGACCAGUUUGAUAAUAUGGUAUCUGCUGAAGCAAAGGGAUUGGGAGUGAAAGUUGAUGUAGCUCAAGUGAAAAGUGAAAAUUUGGCCAGUACGAUAACAAAAUUAAUCACAGACGAAAGGUAUAAGAAGGCAGCAGAGACUCUGAGAGACAUUCAUAGGUCACAGCCGAUACCCCCUGGACAACGCCUGGUUCUCUGGGUGGAGCACAUCCUGCAGUGUGGAGGUGGAGGUCAUCUGCAGUCUCACUAUUUACAGUUGCCCUGGUACCAGCGGAAUCUCCUAGAUGUUGUCCUCUUUCUUACGGUGGCUCUGCUUUUGCCACUAUACAUACUGGUCAAAGCAUUAACCAGACUUGCUAAGAAGUUCUUCAAAAAACGGAAAUCUGAUUGACAAUAGCAUGAUCUAGCUUUCUACUGCUUAAAUGAGCCAUUAUGUUACAUUAUAUUAAAGAAUUUCAGUCAGGUAAACUCAUUACAUUGGCACACACCACUACAUAAAGGCCAUCAUAUGGAAUGUCAAACUUUGUAUCAGUGAUCUUGAAGUGCAAUUAAUUUUGGCACGAACACCACUGCUCCUUUAAUUUGUAGAAUCAUGUAUACAGUAAAUUACAAAUAAAUCUAUCUAAUGCUAAAAACAUA